AAAGUCUUCUACUCGCCCCACAGAUAUGUACUCUAGAUCGCAUAAGAAAUAUGUUUGACUUUCUAGAUCGCAUAAGAAAUAUGUUUGACUUUCUGCUAAAGUGAUUUUCCGAUUGUGAUUUGCAUCUAUAAAGAAAAUUCUUUCUUUUUUCGUUCAAGUUUUUUCAUCUCUCUGACUCUCUUCUUCUCUUUCAAGAAAAUCAGAUCAAUGGAUGGUCUGCCCUCUGGUUAUCGUCCCAACGUUGGGAUCUGUCUAAUCAAUGAUCAUAAUAUGGUCUUUGUUGCAUCCAGAUUGAAUGUUCCUGGUGCAUGGCAGAUGCCUCAGGGGGGGAUUGAAGAUGGUGAGGAUCCGAGAUCUGCUGCAAUUAGAGAAUUGAGAGAAGAAACUGGAGUGGUGUCUGCUGAAAUAAUUGCUGAGGUACCAAAUUGGUUAAGCUAUGAUUUCCCUCCUGCUGUGAAAGCCAAAGUGAACCGUCUUUGGGGAGGAGAAUGGCAUGGACAGGCACAAAAAUGGUUUCUUAUGAGAUUGACAAAAGAUGAAAGGGAAAUCAACUUAGCAAACGUCGAAACAGACCCAGAAUUCUCGGAAUGGAAAUGGGCCACUCCUGAAGAAGUCACUGAGCAGGCGGUGGACUACAAAAGGCCAACGUACGAGGAAGUCAUGAGAACCUUUCGACCUUACUUGGUUGGCGCUACUAAAUGCUACUCAACAAAAUGGUGAAUAUAAUUCAUGUAGAACUCUAAAUGUAAAUGAUUGAAGUUUGAACUUGUCACUUAUAAGUAAUAUUUCCCUGUUUUGUUCAGAUUCAAGGUAAGGAAUGGUAUAAUUAAAUUUCAUUUAGGGCCGCCUGGAAGUUUUGGGUA